AUGUCAACAGGAGGAUUUGCUCUUCAUGGCUAUAAUGAAGGAUCGCUUCAUCAAAGACUGCAGCUAUUAAAAGCAUCAGAUAGUUUUAUUGAGUGUCUUAAUCAUAUUAGCACUCUAAGUAACGAGCAAAUCGUCAUUGUAGAUUAUGGAUCAUCUGAAGGUUACAACUCAAUGGUAUUCCUAACUCAAACUCUUUCAAAAUUUAGAGAAACUUCAAGCAGCCCUAUUCUUGUUGUUCACAAUGACUUGCCAGACAACAAUUGGUUGAAGGCUUUUAAAACAAUUUUGGAGUCUGAAGACUCAUAUGUAAAAAUUCCAAAUGUUUAUUUUUCAGCAAAAGGCCGAUCAUUUUACGACCAAAUUUUGCCAAAUAACUCAGUUCAUAUUGGGCUUUCAUCUUCAGCUCUUCACUGACUAUCAGAACCUAUUAGUGCUCCCGACAAUUGUGUGCCUUCCUCUUCACUUAACCCUGAAUUCAAAGCUUUAGCAUCAAAAGUCGCUCAUAACGAUUUAGUCACAGUUCUCCGCCAAAGACACAAAGAAUUAGUUAGCUCAGGAAGAUUCGUUUUUCUAUUUAUGAACCAGGCUAUAUCAACAGCUACAUGAGGCACUGUCCUUCAUACUACUACAGAAAAUUCGUUUAUCAAAGGAUAUAUUACUGAAGAAGAAAAGAGAAAUAUAACAGUCCCAAUGUAUGGGAGAACUAAUGAAGAAGUCCAAAAUGCCCUUAAUGAAGUCUCUGAUUUGUAUAGAGUUGUUGUAUUUACACAAGUAGGAGAAGACAGGAUUCCUGGUGUUGAUAGUCUUUCUGAUGAAGAAAAAAAUAAGUUUGUUAAUGGGCUUAAGAGACUUGCUGCAGCUUCUUUAAGAGGAGUUAUACAGAGAGCAGUUAAUAGGAGUGAGGAAGAAAGGAAUGCAGUUUAUGAGUUGUUUAUUAAAGAGUUGUCAGAUGUAUUUGAUGCAGGGGAUUGUAAUUGUUGGCCACAAUAUCAUUUGAUAGUUCUGGAGAAAAAAUCUUCAUAG